AUGCUUGAAGAGACCCAGAGAACACCGUUCACGGCGAGAAUCACGGAGGCUAGGAUUCCCGAGCCCGGGAAGGUGAGAAUUCCAUUCUACGAAGGAACGACCAAUCCCAAGGCACACAUCACAGCGUUUCGGAUAGCAAUGGGACGAGCUUUCACGAAAAAAGCCACCAAACUGACCGAGCGAGAAGUAGAUGCCGGAUAUUGCCUACUCUUCGUAGAACAUCUCAAGGGAGCCGCGCUCGAAUGGUUUUCGAGACAGGAGCGCAAUUCAAUCGGCAGUUUCCAACAGCUCUCUGCUUUGUUCCUUAAACAAUACUCGAUGCUCAUGGAUAGAGGAACUUCUGAUGCCAACCUAUGGACGCUUUCCCAAGGACCGAAUGAACCGCUUCGGGAUUACAUGGCAAGAAAUGGCACUCAACACGCCACAAACGAUUCAAGACGCCUUGCAUUGGUCGUCAGACUUCAUCGUAAACGAAGAAGGGAUGAAGAAUCUGGACGAACAGCACAAAGCAACGAAAGCAGCGAUCCGAAGCUCAAUUUUGACGCCCCCUCGAAGAAAGGCAAUCCAUCAAACAACGUAACAACACAGAGCUCGGACGAACCUAGAAGCGGAGGUGCCCAUAACUACCAAGUAGGCGCUAGACGCGGAAGAGGAGAGCCGCGCAACAACACUUGGGUAAGAAAGCCCACCAACUACGACGAAAAGGCGUUUUGCGAGUAUCACCAGACCUACGGACAUUCAACGACACAAUGCCGAACUCUAGGAGCCAAAGUCGCGGCUAAGAUGGCGGCAGAAGAGCUCCAGAACGCGGUGAACCUCAAAGACCUCGUCCCUAGUGAGCCAAAAGAGGGAACCAAGACGAACGGGACGGCAGAACCCGCAAAUCUUCCCCGACGAAGCGAUAACACCAAGCCCGACAGGAGAGACACGGUGUCUUCCAUUAAACCUUAUCAGCGCCGAGCCGAAGCGAAGGAAAAUUGGACGGAACCAACCGAUAUCUCCUUCGCCGAAGAGGAAACGACAGGGAUAGAUAGACCGCACAAUGAUCCACUAGUGAUCGAAUUGACGAUCAGAGACCACGAUGUAGCGAGAGUGCUCAUCCAUACUGGGAGCUCGGUAGACGUCAUUUUUAGGGAGACACUCAGAAGGAUGGGAAUCGAUCUCUCCGAGGUGACGGCAAUCCCCAAACCUCUAACCGGAUUUUCAGGAGAAACAACAAUGACUAUGGGCACAAUUAGGCUCCCUGUGGUAGCUGGGGGAGUCACUAGGAUCGUGGAAUUUUGCAUCACCGAUCACCCAGCAAUCUACAAUGUGAUUAUGGGAACUCCAUGGAUCAAUGCAAUUCCAUAUAUCACCUCUGCCUAA